AUGCACACGCAAGGUCUGCCCCUUGACCCUUUGAACAGCGAGAGAUCGGGAGUAUUAAAUGGGCAGUGCAAUACUCGGGAGGAUGAAGAACGGGGACGAGGAUUGACAGGUGAUGGCGUGGGUGGUGGGUGGUGGUGGUGGGUGGAGGGUGGUGUGAUAUGGGAGUGGAUGGGGGAAUGGGGAAGAGAUGAGGUGGUCGUGGUGGAGAUGCCGAUUCUGGUAGGCGUGGAUGGGGGAGGGAGUGAGGGAGUGAGGGAGGGAGUGGGUGGUGGGUGGUGGGUAGUUAGCGGCUGCUUGGGUGGGUUGGCCGGCAACAAGAGCAGCAGCAAUCAGCAGCACCAGCAGUCCCAGCAGUCCCAGCAGCGAGGGCCGUACGAGGGAGGAAAAAUCGGCGGAGGAAUGAAAGAACAAGCAACAAGGGCGUGCACCGUGUUCCUGGGCCUUGGCAGCAAUGACGUAGGAGGAGCUGCACCACAGUAA